AUGGGCGCGAUAACAAUGCGAACAAGCAGGCGAGCCCUCGUCUCAAGCUCUCGCCUGCGACAAAUCGUCCUCGUCUCCGUGAUCUGCCUGGCGUUAUACUGCUUCCUCCUGGUACCCGACCAUAGCCUCGACUCGUCGCGACCAGCCAUGGCCGACACCUUUCAUCACCCACACUCCGCCUCUAACUCCAACCCCAACCCCAACUCAAAGAACAAACCACCGCCAUCACCCGCCCUCCUCAACAACCUCUCCCUCACAUCCGCGCAGUGCACAACCUUCUUCCCAGGCCUAACCAAAGAAAUCGACGACGUCGUCUCCAAAGGCCCCUUCACCCUACGCCGGAACCCGCACGGCCUCGGCCCAAGCAUCCUGCGCAUCCGCUCCGGACGGCUAUACAUCCUAACCUACGCGCGCAAAGUCGACCUAUCAGAAGCCAUGCUGCAGCACCGCUCCGCAACGCUCCACCAACUCGCCAACGCGCUGCUCACAAUCCCAUCCACCGAGCCCCUGCCCGACGCCAUCCUAGCCUUCAACCACGAAGACGACCCAACCUCGCCAUCCCUAUCAUACUCGCGCCCCGCCGACCCGUCCUUCAACGGUCCCAACAAGCACUUCUUCGCCAUCCCGCACUUCAGUUUCUUCGCCUGGCCCAUCUCCAGCGUGCGCUCGUUCCCGCGCGCCGCAGAAUCCACCCGCAGUCUCGAAUCGCGGUUCCCGUCCUGGAGCAGCAAAGACCCCCGCGCCAUCUGGCGCGGCACGACCUGGUUCAACAGCCCGCGCGGCGGCGGCCGUCUCCGCCACGACCUGGUCCUAAGCGCGCGGGGGAAACCGUGGGCGGACGUGGAGCCCCUCGCCGCGAACGGCAGCAACGCCUUGAUGAUCGAGGAUUUCUGCCGCUACCGGUAUAUCGUGCACACGGAGGGCGUGACGUACAGCGGGCGGUUCCAGUACCACCAGUUGUGCGCGAGCGUGGUUUUGACGCCGCCUAUCGCCUGGAUGCAGCAUGUCACGCACCUUGCGCGGCCUGUCUUUAGUUACCAGCUCGAGGGCGUGGAGCGCACUGCCCUUGAUAGUAGUAGGAAAUUGGUGCCGUACCCGGCGCCCUGGGUGAAGGAUGCCUGGCCGAAGGAGUAUGAUCCCCGGGAGGCGAAUAUCGUGUUUGUGGCACCGGAUUGGAGCGAUCUAGAAGCUACGGUUGAGUGGCUAGAGCGGCAUCCCAAGAUUGCCGAGGGCAUUGCGCGGCGGCAGAGGGAGCUAUUCGAUGGCGGGGGAUAUUUCAGCCCCGCGGCGGAGAUGUGUUACUGGCGUGCCUUGCUCCGGGGUUGGAGCGAAGUAGUCCGGACCGAAGGACAGGGCUUUGAAAACCUAGAGGAGAUACCUUGGGAGGAAUUCAGCUUGAAAGAGAUCCAUAAAUAG